AUGGAUAAAUAUUUGAUCAAAAAAGACAAAUUGCUUGAUGGUUCCGACACUACUACGACUGACAAUGGUAUCAAAACCACAGCGGGCAAAGCAACGGAUGCAGUACCAAGAUGCUCUGAAAAGACAGGAGUACCAGAUGGUCCAGAGAAUAUAAGAUUUAACCCUACUAGUGAUAAUAUAGAUGUUAUAGAAGGAAAGAGUCAGAGUGUCAACUGUUUAGCUGAUUGUAAACCAGAUUGUAACAUCAACUGGUCUAAAGAUGGUUCAACGACAAUUCUAAAUAACCCUUUAUCACUUAGUACUAGAAAUCAAACUGGUUCUUAUACUUGUACAGUUACACAUACUGUAUUAAAUAAACAACUUACAAAACAACUUAAUGUUCAGAUUUAUUGUAAGUAUAUUAUACUAUAUUAA